AUGCUUGCUGAACAUUCAAAGACAACCAUCACUGCUGCUGCUGCUGAGGAGUGGGUAACUGGCAUUCACGAGGAUAUUGGAACUCAAUGGUUUGUUCCUCAAGACGAUUCUACUUUGGAUGCAAUCAUGGCUGCCACUCCUCACCACUCUAACAGUCAGCUAUCCAAAAAUAACUUUGCAGCCAACAGCAUUCACAUUGGUAAACCCGCUGAUAGAGAGUUUGUCGAGCUAGCUACUGCCGAGGAAAUCUCUCACAGUGCAGAUAUGUACCCUGCAUCGGAUUCUUCUUCAUACAGCCAAGAGCCUUUGGCUCAUCUUUUAGACCUGCAAGUUGAGGCUCCUGCCGAAUUGCUGGAACUUUAUGCCUACGAAGGACCUAGUAAUCCCCAGUUGAUGGAUCGAGAGCUAGAUUACGCUAUGCAAGUCGAGACUGCCGCUCAAUCUUCUAACCAAGCGCCAGUAAAAGUACAACAUACCACUGCAACUGUUCCAAUCUCCAGCUAUUCCUCUCAAGCCAUUAGAAACAAUGAGCAACUGCUUGAAUCUGUUCUCUUGGAACAGAGUAACAUUGAAAAAAUGAACUCGCUUACCAAGGCGGUGUUUGCUCAGAUUGAUGAGCAAUUGGCACCAGUUUCUGACGACACGAGGACCGUACAAGACGUGUAUGCAGUUUUUAAUGGUAGUCGUGCUGUUGAUGGAGAAGAAAUAAUGAAUCGAUUGCUCACUGAAGCACGUCGUAUUCAAUGGGAACAUGCAGCAGCAACCCCAAAGCCUAAAUCUACAAAAGCAGUUCACUAUCUUCAUCUUCUUGCCAAAAAGCGUAGCUUGAAGAACACUGUUCUUUCUGAGCGAGAAAAGCAAAUACUGUUUUCUGUAUACCAUAAACUCAAUGACAUUGGCACUCUAGAGCAUGAUGAAUUUUUGGAUACACUUUUCCACAAGGCGAUCCAUAUUGUUGAUCGUCACACCAUUGACUGCAGCUCCAAGCUGUGA